AUGGUAAAUCGAGGUCCCAGACCGACUUUGACGCAGGCGCUGGAUAAAGAGAUAUAUCAAGUUGUUCGCAAACUCUCCGACGAACAGGCGCAAUUCGAAAAUGGAGGAAAGAAACUUACGACUGCGGUGGUGUAUGAUUCGAUCAAGCACUCAAAUUCGAGCUUGAAAAGACGCAGUAAAAAGUUGUUAGAAGAUUGUAUUGAAAGAGUCCUAAAAGUUAUAAAAGAAGAGGAACAGGAACUGGACGACGAUGAAUCGCUAGAUGGAGACUUCGAGGGUAUCGAGGAGAAUCCAGCACCACGGAUUAAGGAUCACAAUAUCAUGAAUAAGAGCAUUACUCGAAUGUGGUCGAAGCCAAGUUCUGCGAGUAUGACACCGAGAGAGGGGACCCCGCCGGUCAUGGAAGUUGUCUCGUCAAGUGUCACAAUACAAGAUGCACCAAAUGGACAGACUGAUUCUCCAGCGAAAGCCGACCGUCAGCCAAAUGGGGAGCCGAAAAUGAAGAGAAGGAAGGCGGAAAGAACACCGGCGAAAGAAGUCGAUCGAACACCACCUACAGACAUCUCACUGGACAAUUUAGGAGGGGUUGAGAGUGUGAUUGAGGAACUCAAUGAGCUUGUCGCUAUGCCUAUGUUAUACCCCGAUACAUAUAUCAGAACUGGAAUCCAACCUCCUAGGGGCGUAUUACUUCAUGGACCUCCAGGAUGCGGGAAAACCAUGAUUGCGAAUGCUUUCGCUGCGGAGAUCGGAGUCUCGUUCAUACCACUUUCUGCGCCAUCGCUGGUAGCAGGUAUGUCAGGAGAGUCAGAGAAGAAGAUAAGGGAGAUAUUUGACGAAGCUAAGAGAAUGGCUCCCUGUCUUGUCUUUAUUGAUGAGAUUGAUGUGAUCAUGGGGAAGCGAGAAAGUGCUCAGCGGGAGAUGGAAAAGAGAAUAGUAGCUCAAAUGUUAACAUGUAUGGAUGACAUGGCACUAGAGAAGACCGGAGGGAAACCAGUGAUCAUUAUUGCUGCCACAAAUCGACCCGACAGUCUAGAUCCAGCUCUACGGCGAGCAGGGAGAUUCAACAAGGAGAUAAACCUGGGUGUACCAAACGAACAAGCUCGCGAAAAGAUCUUACGCGCACUUACGCAAAAGCUCAUACUCGCAGAGGAUUUCGAUUUUCGCACACUCGCAAAAAUGACGCCGGGAUUUGUUGGAGCCGAUUUGAACGAUGUUGUGUCUGUCGCGGGUACGGAAGCGAUGAAGCGAAUGAUGGCUGUAUUGAAGGAACGCUCCGCCACAGAUAUGGAUUUGGAUCUGGAUGUCGAUACACCACCAACAGCACCCGCGCUUCUGAUCCUCCGAUCUCUGGUCGCUCACGCGGGAGAAUCAUCACCUGAUGGGGAUUUCUCGAUUAAAUAUGAUGAUUUUCUUACUGCGAUUCCGAAAGUCCAGCCAUCUGCUAAGCGAGAGGGCUUUGCUACGAUUCCAGACACGACAUGGGCACAUAUUGGCGCCCUUCAUGAGGUUCGUGAGCAGUUGGAGAUGGCAAUAGUAGAGCCCAUCAAGCGACCUGAGUCUUUCGCAAGAGUAGGUAUCACAGCGCCAACAGGUGUACUUCUCUGGGGUCCUCCUGGAUGUGGUAAAACUCUCCUCGCCAAAGCCGUAGCAAACGAGUCAAAAGCAAACUUCAUCUCCAUCAAAGGCCCCGAACUCCUCAACAAAUACGUCGGAGAAUCCGAACGCGCCGUUCGGCAAGUGUUUGAACGCGCGCGGUCUUCAGUCCCUUGCAUUCUCUUCUUCGACGAACUCGACGCUCUAGUACCCAAACGAGAAGACUCUCUCUCCGAAGCAAGCAGCAAAGUCGUCAACACCCUCCUCACAGAACUCGACGGCCUCUCGAGUCGCGCAGGCAUCUACGUCGUCGCCGCCACCAACCGUCCAGACAUGAUCGACCCCGCCAUGCUCCGUCCCGGCCGUCUCGGCACAUCCGUCUUCGUCGACCUGCCUACCCCCGACGAGCGCGUCGAGAUCCUCAAAGCGCUCUACAAGAAGGCUCUCCCACUUGCGGCGCCCGAAGAGGUUGAGGCGCUCGAUACGGUGGCCAGAGAUGAGCGUUGUACCGGGUAUUCAGGGGCGGAUCUGGGGAAUUUGCAUCAGGCGGCGGCGGUGGCGGCGUUGAAGAGGGAGAUGGGCGCGGGUAUGGGUGAGGAGGGAUUGGUUAUUGAGGGGAGGGAUUGGGAGGUUGCGUUGGGGACGGUCAAGGCUAGUGUUAAGGAUGCGAGGAAGUAUUUGAGGUUGAAGGAGAGGGGGAUGUAG